GGUACAAAAAAACUGCAGAGUUGGGACGCACAAUUGUUAAUAGUCCCAUACAUUGCUUCCAACCAACGUUGGCUUCUGUCCAUAAGACGCCCUCCGAUGGUGUAGAGACUGAUGAUCUGGAGUAUAUUACUGCAAAGUUGGAUGAAAUCAGAAGAUUUAUUAUCGAUGGUAUUUGCAUCCAAGAAGAAAGUUCUUCAUCAUCAUCAUCGUCAUCAUCAUCAUCAUCGGAACAUGAAGAAGAAGCAGAACAAGGAGAAGAGGAAGAAGAAGGGCAGGACGAAGAAGAAGAAGAUCAAGACUAAGACAAGUACUGGAAUAGAUGUGGCUUCGGCCCUUCACUAUCUUCAAUCAUGAUUAUUAUAUUAGGGCAUAGUUAAAAAAACUACUCUUUGUAUUUUCUUUU